AACACGUUGAAACCAAAAAAAAAUCAGAAGGAACCUGAAACUCGAAAACAUCAACAUCUCAAUUCUCAACCACACAAAUCUCAAGUUUCCAACUUUUUUUUUGUUCCCUUCGGAACAACGAUCUAAAACUCAUUCAAUCAUCUCUUUCCCGGAAGAAGUUAAAAAAAAACGAAAAAAAUAAGAAUGAGUAGUAAGAUGAUGGCGUUUACUCUAUCAAUCCCUAGAUUUUCUGCAAUUUCACACAAACCCAUCAACACUUGUUCUCCUUCGAGGACGACACACUCUGUUCCUCACUUCAGUCAUGCACGAUCCAAAUCUCUUAGACGAAGACUUCUCUUAUUGCCCCUUCAAGCUUCUACUGAUCAAUCAGGUCAGGUGGGUGGGGAAGAUGUUGAUAGCAAGAUCUUACCUUACUGUAGCAUCAACAAGAAUGAGAAGAGAACGAUCGGUGAAAUGGAACAAGAGUUUCUCCAAGCGAUGCAAUCGUUCUAUUAUGAAGGCAAAGCGGUUAUGUCUAAUGAAGAGUUUGAUAACCUUAAAGAAGAGUUGAUGUGGGAAGGAAGCAGUGUUGUCAUGCUAAGUUCUGAUGAACAAAGAUUCCUUGAAGCCUCAAUGGCUUAUGUCUCUGGAAAUCCAAUCUUGAGUGAUGAAGAAUAUGAUAAGCUCAAAAUGAAACUAAAGAUGGAUGGAAGUGAAAUUGUGUGUGAGGGUCCAAGAUGCAGUCUUCGUAGUAAAAAGGUUUACAGUGAUCUUGCCACUGAUUACUUCAAAAUGUUCUUGUUAAAUGUACCAGCAACUGUUGUUGCUCUCGGACUAUUUUUCUUCCUUGAUGACAUUACGGGUUUUGAAAUCACAUACCUGCUCGAGCUUCCGGAGCCAUUCAGUUUCAUUUUCACAUGGUUUGCUGCGGUGCCUGCAAUUGUAUAUCUGGCGCUAUCACUAACCAAACUGAUCAUCAAAGACUUCUUGAUCUUGAAGGGCCCUUGUCCAAACUGUGGGACAGAGAAUGUAUCCUUCUUUGGAACAAUACUUUCAAUCUCCAAUGAUGGUAACACAAACAAAGUCAAAUGCUCCGGCUGUGGAACGGAGAUGAUCUAUGACUCAGGCUCUCGUUUGAUCACAUUACCAGAAGGAGGCAAAGCUUAAAAACCUACAUGCCAAGGGAAAUGUGGAAAUGUAUGUAAAAACUGAUAUUAACAGAUGAAGAAGGUGGAAAAAUCAAAGAAGAAGAAGAAGAAAAGCAAAAGAGUUUGUUUGUGUUGCUCUGUUUUGUAUAAUCUUCAGAUCUUUUCUUCUAGUUCUCAUUGACUCAUAUUGUGUUUGUAAAGUAAUUGUGAGGCGCAAUCAGAGAAAAACAUUGUAUGAUUACUUCUUUGAGAAACCUUGCUCUCAUAAGCUAGAAAAGUAAUAAUAAACCAUGAAGAAUUGCACAAACAUGUGUAGUUUUGAAA